GCGCUCGUUGAGACGGCCAGGGACACCAUUCACACGCUCAUUCAGAAAAAUACAAAACUCGGCAGAGAGACAAUUUAUCCCGCGGAAGAAAAGCUACCGUUUAUUCUUUUUAUUUUCCUGGAUCUUCACCUCAGACGUUAAUAAAUCGCCUGGAUUAUAAUUUGGCGGUGAAUGUGUUGUCAUCCCUCCGACGUCGUCAGCAGCCUCGCGCGCUCUUGAUUUUCUAUUUUAUUUUGAGGGGAGGGGGGGUCUCCAGAAUCUGACCAGAUGUUAGUUCACACCUAUUCGGCCAUGGACCGCGCGGACGGCCUGACCGGCUCCUCGCCCAGCGGCCGCCUCUCGCAGCUCUCCUCGCUCAACCAGGCGGCCUACGCCUCGGCCCCGCCGCUCUGCCACACCCCGGCCUCCGACUUCCAGCCACCCUACUUCCCCCCUCCGUACCCGCAGUCCUCCCUCUCCUACGCGUCCCAGGGCCAGGAGUCGGCCUACUCGCACCUAUCCGACCCCUACCCAUCCAUCAACUCCAUCCACCAACACCAGCAGGCCGCAUGGCACUCGCAGCGGUCCCGCUCCGAGGAGGGGGCUCUCCUGUCGCAGUCCCACCGGGCGCUGAGCCUCGAUCCCCGCAGGGAUUACCCGGGAGUACCGAGGCUCUUGCACGGCCUCGGGGAAGGGGCCGCGGCGCUCGGUGAGGGCCCCCUCGGGAUGCACAUAGGACACCACAGCAUAGAAGACAUCCAGGUGGGCUUGUGGGGGAUGGAGGAAGCGUCUGCCCUCGGCAUCCUCGACCACUCCGUCAUUAAAAAAGUCCCCCUCCCCUCCAAGCUGAACGGCUCCUCCCUCUCGGCCCUGUCCCUCUCCAAGGAGGGCCUGGGGUUGGGCUGCGUGUCCAACCCGGCGGAGGUCUUCUGCUCGGUGCCCGGCCGCCUCUCCCUGCUCAGCUCCACCUCCAAGUACAAGGUGACGGUGGGCGAGGUGCAGCGCCGCCUCUCACCACCAGAGUGCCUCAACGCCUCCCUGCUGGGCGGAGUCCUGCGCAGGGCCAAGUCCAAGAACGGGGGCCGCUGUCUGCGGGAGCGUCUGGAGAAGAUCGGCCUCAACCUGCCCGCAGGCCGACGCAAGGCGGCCAACGUCACGCUGCUCACGUCCCUGGUGGAGGGCGAGGCGGUCCACCUGGCGAGGGACUUCGGCUACGUGUGUGAGACGGAGUUCCCUGCGCGGGCGACCGCAGAGUUCCUGGUGCGGCGCAGCGACCCCGACCAGCUGCCCACCCGCCGCAGCAUGCUGCUGGCCACCAAGGAGAUCUGCAAGGAGUUCAUGGACCUGAUGUCCCAGGACCGGUCCCCGUUGGGGGGCAGCCGGCCCACCCCCUGCCUGGAGCCCACCGUGCAGGGCAGCCUCACGCACUUCAGCCUGCUCACGCACGGCUUCGGCACGCCCGCCAUCUGCGCCGCGCUCUCCGCCUUCCAGAGCUACCUGCUGGAGGCCGUCAAGGUGCUGGACAAGGGCGAGGGCGGGGGCAAGGGUCACCACGGCGACAAGGAGGUCAAGCACCGGAAAUAGAUGGAGGAGGAGGAGCAGGAGGAAGAGGAGGAGGACGAGGAUGGACAUGUGUUUUUGAUCCUCCUCUGCAGAAAAGAAAAAGUAAAAAAAAAAAAAGCACAUGGACGUGAGAUGUUUACCUCCCACAAUGCACUGCGGUCGGAGGAGGAGGAGGAGGAGGAGGAGGAGGAGGGGAUGGAGGUGGGGGUGUGAUCUGGUUUUUGUAUCGUGUAGCGCGCCACGGCUCGAAACACACGGGAGACAUUGACCUUUCUAUGUGUGCUGGCCCGAAUGACUUUGAGAGACUUCCUGGUUUUAGAACACCCCCCCCCCCCCUGACAUAUGCUUCUUGCCGCGUACGCGGUCUCAAGAAGCCAUAUCUGGGACAAAUAAAUUAUCAUUCUGGCUUUUCUCUCCUUCCUGAUUUUCGGUACCUGAGUCAGAACUCUGGAACUCUCUGACUCUGGGUUCCUGAAUUAGAAGACAUGAUUCUGGGUUCCUGAAUCAGAAGACAUGAUUCUGGGUUCAUGAAUCAGAAGACAUGAUUCUGGGUUCAUGAAUUCGAGCUCAUGAUUCUUAGCUCCUGAAUCAGAAGUCCCUGAUUCCAAGUGCUUGAACCAGAUCUCUUGAUUUCAAGGUUCUGAAUGAACCUGACUCCUGACUUACCCCUCCUGUUCAGAGUCAACCUGACCCCCGCUGGGUGAACAGUAUACAGUGAACUGAGAGGGGAUUUUGUAAUUUAUUUUUACUUGGCGUUUUAAAGUCAUAGGCAGCUAAAGAAGAUGUUAUUUUAUUCUUUAUUCCGGGGGUGGGGGAGGGAUACGUGUGGGUAACUUAAAAGGAAAAGAAAGAAAUCAUUUUGUACCGUCUGUGUAUGUUAAUUAUUGUUAUUAUUAAUGUCAUUAUUGUUGUAUUACGGCAUAAAUGUAAUAUAUUAUUAAAGAAUGAAGAGCUGAUUGA